AUGCUGCUCAACGGUCACCUACAGGAGGUGAACUGGUUUAAGGAACGCUACAGGGCCUGGUUUGUGGGUGACUAUGUAAUUGGUGAUGGAGGACUGUACCUGUGCACACCCGUUGACCCCCUAAUAAUGGCUCUGCCUCUGUUGGAAGCGAGCCGAAAAGAGAUUGACGGCAACGAAGGGGUCUUCACAGAGAGAGACGAGUUGCUUCAGACGGAGGCCUGCUCAGGAAACGCACAGCUAGCGGAGCUGAUGCAGGGCAGCUUUGCAUGCCUGUGCGACGUGAAGGAAUCUGGGGGCAAUGUCUACUACAGACUCAACAAUGCAAAGGUGCUGGCUUGGCUGCGCUGCAAAUUGAGGCGGCUGCGAGGGGCGCUACUGGACAGCAGCGCCAAUUUUGCUGCGAUGGAUGACACAUUGCUGACGUCGUAUGCAGUCGGACUGCUUGGGGAGUACCUCUCUGAAGCCUGGCUACAGCGCCUCUGCAACGCCUGUGGCAUCUCUUUGGCAGCGCCAGAUGGCGAGGAGCCUUUGAAGCCACUGAAGGAGGUGAAUGGAGGUGCUGAGGAGGAUCAUGCCAGGAAGAAGCCUCGAUUUGAUCCAAAGGAGGUGGCCAAAAAGAGGCUUGCCGAGGCAAAAGCAGAGGCCAAGGCAGAUCAGAUACGCCGGGAGACCCAAGGCAUGAAGAGCAUUUCCUCAAUGUUUGGAAAGUUUCAGUGUAAGAAGAAGCCAUAG